GUCAUCCCUAACAUAUGCUAUAUAAUAGAUGUGCAAAUGCUACCAUUGUAUUAACUUGCCCCUUCUCUAACAAUGUCAUCUCCAUCUGUCUCCUCUUCUCUCCUCUCAUCAUCACCAUCUUCGGAUCUUCCUCUAUGUGAGAUCCCUGGAAGUUAUGGUCUGCCCUUCUUUGGAGCCAUCAAAGAUCGGUGGGACUUUUUUUACCUCCAAGGCCGAGAUCAGUUUUUCAGGUCUCGCAUGGAGAAUUACAAGUCCACAAUUUUUCGAGCUAACAUGCCUCCUGGUCCUUGGAUAUCCUCUGACCCACAGGUCAUUGUUCUUCUGGAUGCCAACAGCUUUUUAGUUCUCUUUGAUAAUUCCAAGGUUGAAAAACGAGAUGUUUUUACUGGAACUUACAUGCCUUCUACCUCCUACACCGGGGGUUAUCGUGUAUGCCCCUAUUUGGAUCCAAGUGAGCCUGAUCAUGGAUCUCUCAAGGCCCUGUUGUUCUCUUUCCUUGCCUCUAAGCAUGAAGAGUUCAUCCCACUCUUUCAGAGCUGUAUGAAAGGCCUGUUCUAUGGUCUUGAGGAUCAGCUGAGAGAUACAGGCCGGGCCAAGUUUGAGCAGCUCAAUGAUGUACUAUCUCUUGAGUUUGUUUUCAGGCUGUUUUGUGAUGGCAAGAGCCCUUCAGACACCAAAUUAGAGUCCAAUGGCCCUUUUAUGCUCAAGAAGUGGCUACUUGGCCAAAUAGCACCUCUGGGUUCAUUAGGAUUACCCAAGUUAUUAUUUCCAAUCGAUGAUUUUAUAAUGCAUUCAGUUAGACUACCUUUUCUCUUGGUGAAAGGUGAUUAUAGAAAGCUGUAUGAUGCAUUUUACUCCUCAGCGAUAUCAUUCUUGAACAAAGCAGAAAGUUUUGGUUUAAGUAGAGAGGAGGCAUGCCAUAACUUAGUUUUCGUAGCUGGAUUUAAUUCAUUUGGUGGGUUUACAAUAUGGUUUCCAUCAUUGAUGAAAUGGGUUGCAUCUGCUGGGGAGAGCCUGCAUCGUGAGCUGGCUGAGGAGAUCAGAACCACUGUGAAGUCUGAGGGUGGGGUCACUCUGAAUGCCAUCAACAAGAUGGCCUUGACCAAGUCAGUGGUUUACGAGGCUCUCAGGAUUGAACCUCCUGUACCAUACCAGUAUGGGCGGGCUAAGGAUGAUUUAGUGGUUCAAAGCCAUGACGCUUCAUUUAAGAUCAAGAAAGGGGAAAUGAUCUUUGGGUUCCAGCCGUUUGCUACAAAAGAUCCAAAGAUCUUUGAUGAUCCUGAGAAGUUUUUAGGGAAGAGAUUCCUAGGGGAAAAAGGAGAAAGGCUGCUGAAGUACGUGAUAUGGUCAAAUGGAAGAGGGAUUGAUGAUCCGACAGUAGAUGAUAAGCAGUGUGCCGGUAAGAAUCUGGUGGAGCUUUUGUCUAAAGUUUUCCUGGUGGAAUUCUUCUUGCAGUAUGAUACAUUUUCUGUUGAUGAUUCUAAAACCAUUCUGACUUUCUUGUCCUUGAAGAAAGCCACCAGCCAUUGAUAAUCGAGAAAAACAAUAAUGAAAUCCUAUAAUCAUUUUACUUUUUCAAUCAUUUUUUUGUGUCUGUUUUUGUUUUUGCUUUUGCUUUUUUUUAUUUGAAGUUAUGCAUGGAUUAGUUUACUACUUUUUUUUUUUCUUUUUUUUUUUUUGCAUAAAAAAGUCUAUGAAUUUGCUAGCAGAGCAAGUAAAUAAUCAUGAAAUGCAAUUGUGCUUUUUUUUCAAAUAGGUUAUCUUACAUGUUUCCGAAAUUCCGAGGGCUGCUAAGUUUGUAAUGUUGAUUUGCUUAUGAAUAAUUAUUAAUAGAGCUUUAAUUUGUUAGUUAAUAAUCCCUCUCUUAACUGACACAGUCAAAUUUUGCACACAUGUCUAUAAUACAAUAAUUUAACCUUAUUUACGCAAGUAAAUAUUAAUGAAAAUUUAAAAAUAAAAAUAAAUAAAUAAAUAAAUAAACUACUAGAAAAAAGGUCAUUUCCAUAUUUAAGGAAUUCUUUUGUUUUCUAUCAUAACCUAAGUGUUAUUAUAAAUACUCCUAGGUUAUUUCCUAGCCGUUAUAAUCAUUAAUUGAGUAAUUAUUCAGAAAUUCGAGAGUCUUUUAUGCAUUUCUCAUAUAUGAGUUAUGAGAGAUAAAAUAUUAAAAAUUCGAUAGACAAUCAAUCUGUUUUCUGUGACUGAUCUAAAAUCUAUUUAGAAUAUGUAAUUUGUAUUACCCAAGAUCAGUAAAACUAUACUCUAACCUGCCCUGGAUGUAGCCAACACAUUGUUGGUGAACCAUGUAAUUUGUGUCUGUUUUUGUUGUUAAUUUUACAUUCAAUACUUGUUAUUUCUUGCAUCCGU